CAUCAGCGAGCUCAUACUGGUGAGAAACCCUAUGUAUGCAGUGAGUGUGGGAAAGGCUUUACCACAAACACAACUCUCAGUACUCAUCAUCAAGUUCAUAGUGUAGAGAAACCCUAUAUAUGUACUAAUUGUGGCAAAGGUUUCACAGUGCAGAGCCGUCUCACUGUACAUGAGCGAAUUCAUACUGGUGAAAAACCCUAUGUAUGUAGUGAGUGUGGGAAAGGCUUUACCAGAAACAGUGCUCUCAGGACUCAUAAACUAACUCAUAUUGCAGAGAAGCCUCAUAUAUGUACUGAUUGUGGAAAAGGUUUCACAAUGCAGAGCCGUCUCACUGUACAUGAGCGAGUGCAUACUGGUGAGAAACCCUAUGUAUGCAGUGAGUGUGGGAAAGGCUUUAUCAGAAAUGGUGCUCUCAGUACUCAUAAGCUAAGUCAUAUUGCAGAGAAACCCCAUGUAUGUGCUGAAUGUGGUAAAGGCUUCAUUAACAAGAGCUCUCUCAGUGUUCAUCAACGAACUCAUACUGGUGAAAAACCCCAUGUAUGUAGUGAAUGUGGAAAACACUUCAUUAGUAUUAAGAGGCUCAGAAUUCAUCAGCAAACUCAUACUGGUGAAAAACCCCAUGUAUGUAGUGAAUGUGGAAAAGGCUUCACCCAGAAAGGAAAUCUCAAAAUUCAUCUACGAACGCAUACUGGAGAAAAGCCCUACGUAUGUGGAGAGUGUGGUAAAGCUUUCAUUCAGAAGUUAUCCCUCAUAGGACAUCAGAGUUUUCACACAGGGAAGAAUCCCUUUGCCUGCAAUCAAUGUGGAAAAUCUUAUACCCAGAAGUCAGCACUCAAUCAACAUCAAAAAGUUCACAAAGAGAAAACCUUCAAUCCAGUGAGUGGGACAAAGGUUUCAAGGUUUCAAAGGAAGAGCUUAUGUUUCAUCAAGGAUUUCAUAUAGGGCAGUUACCGUUUAGCUGCAAUGUGUGUGAGAAAACGUUUUCCAGUGCUUCUAAGUUUUCAUCACAUAAGCAAACACA